UCUCGGUCCCCGCAUGUCAAAUUAAUAUUAAUUUGUUCGAGUGGGAAACACGGCGCCGUAGAGAAAAAGAAUCGAGUUUCCCGCGUCCUCAAUAACGACAAUAGUCGCGGUAGCGCCAAAAUAAUUCAAUAAGAACAUUUCAAAAAACUAAUUUACCGCCAUCUCUCAGAAAAAAAAAAAAAAACUCACAACCUCUGUUCUCCUUUCUCUGCCUCUCUCUAGCGCCGCCAUGGACUCCUUCUUCCAAGGCAUCAGGUCCAGGGAACUCACCGGAUUCAGAGUUCGAAAACGGCCGUAUAUCGCUGAUAAGGCGUCUGAUUUUGCUGAAUUUGGAGCUUUGGCUGUUGAACAUAAUGGUGAAGAGACGCCUCCAUUGGCAGUUUCUUUUGGCAAGACAAGUAAAACAUCUCAUAUUUUGGCUGUGUCCGAUGAGGAUGGGUACUUGAGCUUAUUUGAUGUUCGGAAAAAACUUCCUUAUGCAUCUCAUCGAGAAUGUUCAGACAAAUCGAGAAUCAGUGAGUGGGCGGCUCAUCAGAAUGCCAUAUUUGAUAUAUGCUGGAUCAAGGAAGGCACCAGCAUACUCACUGCUUCAGGUGAUCAAACUAUUAAGGUAUGGGAUGCACAGAAGGAGAAAUGCACUGGAAUUUUGAUGGGGCACACAGGAAGUAUUAAAUCCAUGUAUCCACAUCCAACAAAUUCUGAUCUUCUUGUCUCUGGUUCAAGAGAUGGGUCCUUUGCCAUAUGGGACUUGCGAUGCAAGAUUGUUUCAAAAAGCAGAUGCCCUGAAGCUUGCAUAACUUCAACCGCCAUGGUCAGGAGAGCUCAUGUUUCACCUCAGGCAAAGCGAAUUAGGCGGAACAAAGUUUGUCCUUUUUAUGAGUUUCUUUCUUCCCAAUUACCAUUCAUAUUGCUAACACUUCAAUGUUUUCAGGCUGCUUCGAUGAGCAUUACAUCAGUUCUUUAUCUCAAGGAUGAGAUCUCCAUUGCCACCGCUGGAGCAGUGGACAGCAUUGUAAAAUUCUGGGACACCAGAAAUUUAAGGGCUCAAGUCACUCAGGCCUGUCCUCAUCCCAAAUCAUCAACUGAACAGGAGAGAAGAUUGCAUGGUAUUUCUAGCCUGUCCCAGGAUACAAACGGAGUCUUUCUUACAACUUCAUGCAUGGAUAAUAGAAUCUACUUGUAUAAUGUGCUUCAGCUUGAAAAAGGUCCAAUUAGGUCGUUCUCUGGAUGCCGUAUUGAAUCAUUUUUUGUAAAGUCGGUAAUCAGUCCUGAUGCAACUCAAAUUCUCAGCGGCUCUAGUGAUGGAAAUGCCUACAUAUGGCAGGUGAACAAGUCUAACACAGAUCCCAUUACGUUGAAAACCCAUGAUGGAGAAGUUACAGCAGUAGAUUGGUGUCCAUUAGAUGGCAGGGUAGCUACUGCUUCAGAUGAUUUCACCGUUCGCAUUUGGAAUGUACAAAGUAGCUAUUAUUCAAAUUCAAGACCACCUUCUUCCAUUAGAAGGAGAAUAAUGGCAAUUCCAACCGAAGAAUGUAAAAGGCUUUUAAGGAAUGAAGAACUUACGGGUCUUGCAAAAUAUCCUGCUCCUGGUUAUUUGCAUCCUGAAGAAGUAUGCCAUGAAACUGAAUGCCAUGAAACUGACUCACCAAUCUCUAUCACCAUGCCUGCAGUAAGUACACCUGAAGCCCAGGAGAAAAGGUACUCAUUAGGUUCUGAUUCAAAAGAAACUUUUGAGAGAACACCAGAAGCAGCAAUGAAGAGUCCAUCUUCUGUGUUGAACCCCCCAUCUUCCCUGAAAAGAAAAACCAUCCGGGAUUACUUUCUAGCAGCGCAGUGAGAGAUAAUAUGAUAACAGUAUGAGAAGAUCAAUGAGCAACAUCCUGUGUGUCGGGUGCUUUUUCUUGUGCAGCUGGUGGGAUCACUUUCUUAGAUUAUAGGAUUGAAGUUGAAAUGUAUAGCAAGAAACCAGAGGAAUCUCUUGCCUGAAGUAUCAUUGACACAACAGUGGGAUGCUUCUGUCUAUCAAAAUUGUUGGAUGGUGGUUAAUUAGGGAAGAUUAAGAAGGCAUUUGAUGUAAUCAAAGAGCAGAAAUGAUUCAAAUGAACCCAUUAUCCGAUAUAGGCAAUUCAUAUUUGCUACACUGGUUAAAAAGGUCAUCUCAAUGUGGCCAGCAUAAAUUUGAUAUCUUUCAACCCAGAACAAAUUGCGCCAUCAUGGUUUAUUAUUACUUUAGUCAUAUCAUUUAUGUAAUUACUUGUCUUCUAUAGAUGUUAACAUUGAAAAUUUUAUUCUAUUCCUAUCUGGGGAAGUGAAAAUACAGCUGAAAAAUUUUACAGC